UCAAAGUUUUGAAUGGCCAGAAAAUGGUUCCAGAAAUUUGAUACUUCAAGUAAGGGCAUUGCCAUCCAGAAAGUUACUUGCCGAUUCAGGAAUCAAAAAAGUGCCGAUUUUGGUUCUUGCGUCUUGGUGUAGUGCGUUUGUCAGAAAAAGUUGGAAAGAUUACUGUCUAGAAAGAUAAUUGCGGUAACAUCCUGACAAAAAAGAAACCCAACUCUAUAAAAAACAAAGAACACUACACGGGACUGAAAUUGUGCUUCACCGGAACUGCACUGUGGCCUCCGGUGGUGAUGAGCACCAACAGUGGUACCAACCCUGGCACGAGACCACGUCUCGUAUCUACCUCGAUUAGGAGGAAAUUGUCCCCAUCGAAGAAGGUGAAAAUUACCGAUAGCAGCGACGAUCCGGAUCUGGAGCUCCCGGGUAGUGGGAUGAUGGCCGAACCAGCUGCUAACAAUAAUGAUCUGCCAGACGGCGAGGAGCGGCCAACGCCCGGGGCCAUCAGGGAGCCGGAUGAAUGCUCCGAUGCUGAUGCUGAUAAACCACCGACGAAGUUCACCGAGGCAGACCUGCAAGCGAUUAAAUUGACCAGUGAUACCUUGAAGCGCAACCCAAAGAUGGACUUCAGCAAAACCGAUCUUCUCAAAUUGCUGAGCUACCUGGAGGGUGAACUGCAGGCUCGAGACGUCGUUAUAGCGGUUUUGAAGACGGAAAAGGUUAAGCACCUGCUCAAUACGGCCCGGUACAGCAAGUCGACCAAUCUGAACGAUCCACAUGCGGCCCUGUAUCGGGACAAUCUGGCCUCGAUCGGUAACAUUGCGAGCCGGCAGGCUUCGAUUCAGGCUGCCUAUUCGGAGCACGAGAUGCGGCUGCUGAACGAUCAGCGAGUCGGCGUCAAAGAACAGAUGGAUUCGCUGGCAACAUUGGUGAUGCAACAGCGUCAAACGCAAGGCAAAAUGGUCCAGGUGCUGAAGGAUGCCGAGGAUCGCUACAAAACUGUGGUUGCCGAGCUGGAGGAAGAACGGCGGAAGCACGAACAUACUACGGCUCAGGGCGAUGACAUCACCUAUGGGCUCGAGAUCGAACGAUCUCGUUUGAAGCAGGAGCUGGAACACGAGAAGGAGAAACACAAGGCCCUGGAGCUGGAGCUAAAAAAGGUCCAGGAACAGUUCGAGGCCGAAAAAAACCGCCAGAAGCAGAUCGUUUUACUUUUGCUGGCCGAAAGGAAAAAGAUCAUCAUCAAGUACAUUGAGGAGCGGAAGAGGAGCGAAGAUCUGGCUCAGAUAUUGUCCGAGGAAAAGAUGCGGGUGGACACGAUUGCCGAAGGGCUCGAAGAGGAAAGCAAAAAAUCUCUAAGAAUGGAGGCGGAGCUGGAAACUCAAACCCAGCAGUUUGAUCUCGAACGGAAGGUACUGCACCAAAGUCUAGCCAAGGAGGAGAAGAGGAUAAAAGAACAGGAACUGGAAAUCCAACAACUCAAAGCUGAACUCGACCUGCUGCGAAAGCAAACGGGAAUCAGGCAUCCAUUGGUGGCUCCACAGCUGCCCACCAAACCGGGUGGUCUGAUGCCUUCGAGGCCAUCUAUCGGUGGUGCCGGAUCUAGUGGAUCGGACGUAGAUGGCAUAGGAUCUUCUUCUUCCGCUUCCGCUGGUGCUGGUUCAUCAUCUGCUGCUGCCGCCGCCGUUGCCGGAAUUUUGCCGCCUGGUGCUGCCGCUAUGAUCACUAGUGUGGCCACUUCCAAGGUGGUCCAACCGACGGCUACCGUUUCUAGUGUACCCGUCUCGGGGCCAACAACCGGCAUAGCCCGCUCGGUGUCCCCGGGGCAGCUCAUCCGCCAGACGGCCAUAUCACAGGUUUCGGUGACGUCUCCACCGAUCGGUUCCGGUCCCGGUUCCAAUUCGAUGCCGGUGGCACCCUCACCCGAGACCUACGCCAACGCAGCUGCCGCUUCCGGUUUGAUUACGCCCGGAAAGAUGGCCACUGUUCGGAAAGCGUCCUCGUCGCCGGCUAGUGUAAACCCUGGCGUCGGAAUCACCGCAGGAACGGCCACCGUUAAGAAGACAAUAAUUCCGCCCGUCGGGGGCCGCGGCGUCCCACCUCCGAUACCGCCGAACAAGCCACAGAUUCCGCCGAAACUUUCCGGCACUUCGGCAGCGGCUGCCGUGGCCGCUGCAGCUGUUUCGUCGCGCAUACCAUUUCUGAGCAAUAGCAGCAAUAGUCCGAACAGCCCAUCGAUACUAUCGCCAUCAUCUUCUUCUGUGUCCUCACCAUUAGCACUGUCUGCUGCUUCAUCAUCGUCACCCUGCUCACCAUCACAACUCUCCUCACAACCAUCACAACAGCUACCAUCCAGUGCUAGCGCUAGCAGUACUUCCUCCACUACUACCGCUACUAGUACUUGCGUAGUGCCCCAAGGGCUAACUGCCAACAGCAGUGGAACGGUACCGCCCAUAAAUAAUUUUAUCACAUCUUCAACAGCUGCCAGCAACAGCAACGGAAUUGCCUCCGCAGCAACAGCAGCUGCUGCAACAACAGCAACAACAACUGCCGCAGCAGCAGGGUGUGCACCGGGCACCACAACCGCCGCCGCAGUCGCAUCACAAAAUUCUGCGGCGUCAGCCCCAUCUGCAUCCGUUCCAACCGCAGCAGAAAUAUUGACAAACAUCGCCGGUUGCGAAGACGCCUCGGACAACUAA